AGUGGCACGGCUGCCCGGGAGAGAUCAAACCAGCUUCCCACCAUGUCCUGAAGCAAGCCGGUGCUGGGGUGCUCCCCGGGGAGAUGUGGGGGCUGCUGACCUUGCUGACGUCCUCCGUCGCUCCGCCGGCGCCUCCGGCUCCGGGCAGCCCCCUGUCAGACGGCGAGUACCGGCUCUUCUUUGCCAGCCUGCGGCCCCCCUGGAAGGCAGAGCUGUCCUGCCGGCUGCGCCAGGCGCUCGGCUGCCUCAGCCCCGCCGUCCUGCAGCGGGACCGCGAGGAGAACCACGGCCGCGUCCCCGGAGGGCCAGUCUGCUCUGACUUCCCAGAGGCACCGUGGUUUCAGACCUUCUGCCAGUUCGCCCAGUACCGCUGCUUCAAACGCCAGUUCUACACCAAGCGAAUCCCGUGCCCGAGCUCGUCUCCUCCGAAAAACCUUCUCCUCCCGACGGAGCGGCCCCGCGUCGUGGUCUUCUGGACAAGGGGCAAAAGCUCCCCUAAGGAAGAAGCUCCGGGGCAGGCUUCUCUCCUGCCCGCCGAUGCCCUGCUGCGCGCCAACGUGGAUGCUCUCCUGAAGUACUCCUACGCGCUGUCGGGUCAGAAACCGGUGCCGAAGCGUCUCCCCCUGCCCACCCCGGGGGUGCCGAGACCCCCGCGGGGCCGGGGGCUGCCUGCGCUCCCACCGACCCUGCCGGUGCCGGCUGCCCCUGCCUCCUCUCCUCCCAGGCUGGGAUUCCCUGCCCAGGAGGAGCAAACCUGGGAGCAACGCCUGCGGAACGGCGUCUGGCGGCUGAUCCGCUUGGCCCUCUCCUUGGAGACGUCCGAGGGCUCUUCUCCGGACUCCGGCGGCAAGUCAGACCCGGGGAGCGCCGAGGAGGGGGUGCAGGAUACGGCCCCCCCCCGGCAGCGCUCCGAGGAAUGCUCCAACCUCACCCAGGCAGCGCAAAAGCAGCCCUGGGCUAGGAAACAGAGCCGGGAGCGCAGAGCCUUGCUCCCGGCCCUGCUGGACCACUACGUCUCCUCGAGCACGUGCACCUCUCUGCACUCCGGAUCCGUGCAUUGCUCUUCCCAGGGGGUUGCGGUUCCCCGUUCGGGCUUUGAAAGCAGCUGCGUGCCCGUUCAGCACAGGGCCCCGCGACAGGCCAGCUUGCCGCAAUCCUUUUACACGCCCUUCUUAGUUCCUCUGGCCUGGGGAUGCUUUAGGGGCUUGCCGAGCAUCUUGAGCUCUUCUCAGCCGAUCUGCCAGGAUCCAUUCACCUCUGUCCUCAGGCAGCUGGGGCUGGUGAGCCCAAACAGAAAUAGACCUGCAAAAGGAUGCCUUUUAGCCCUGAAGAAGGACGAGGCAGUGAUAAUCCUGUGCUAUGCAAUACUGGAGGGAAACUGCCUCUCGUCGGUGGUCACCCAGGCCUGGAAGGAGAUGGAAGAAAGAGUCCUUGGGUUCGGAGAUUCGGUGUGCGACAGCCUUGGGCGGCAUCACGUGGACCUGUGCCCUGACUGCGCUUUCUGCUCGCUCAAGAGGGAGCAGUGUCUGAACAUCAGAAACCUGGACCGCGUUCGCUGCCAGACGGGCAGCUUCACCGCCUACAUCAACCCCCAGAUCUCAGCCCAGCGCCGGGCUGCAGGCAACGAGACCAGCUCCCCGGAGACCUCGGAGUACUAUGGCAGAGGGCUGAGGAUGGAGUACUGGUGCAGCCGGAUUGCCACCCACGGCUGCGAGGACCCUCGUGUGACCCUCUGGCUGAAGGCAGAGUACGCUGCCUUCCAGGAUGGAGAUGCCCCGAGCCAGAUAUGCGACUCAGACGGACUUCGGCACCCCAACUACUGCAUGUUCAAGAGCCACCAGUGUCUCCAGCAGAGCCUCUACAACCAGAGGGUGUCUCGCCGCGGCUGCCACAGAAACGAGACGUACCGGGUGCUGAGUGAGAAGGAGGGAGAGGAGGAGGUGCGGCUCUGGCGUCAGAGGUUCCUCAGCCUCACCAAGGGGUGAUGCACGGAACCAGGUGGGUGCGCGGGAAGCACAGGGCUCCCGAGUAGGCUCUCGUGGUGGGGCAGAGAACCUGGAUAGACUUGGACAGCUCUUCCUAGACCCCUUGCUGGCCAGCCAGCUCAUCGUGGCCAGAUCUCACCUUCCGAGCACCCGCUCUGCACUGGCGGCAGCGUGAAGGGAGCCUGGCUCAGCAGCAUUUCACCGUGGCACCUGCUGGAACUCCUCCUGAAAACGUUUUCUGCAGCCAGAGGAGCAGCUGAACACCAGAGAAGGCAUCAGCCCUGGGAAUCUGGAUUUAGAGCCACUGGCCCAAGCGUCCUUGUCUGAAAUUCCCAGCCAUCUUCUCGCCCUUCUGUAGUUCUCCCAAGGAUGAGUCUGAAUGUAUAAAGAGCCCAU